GGCGAAGCGGAAGGGGCGGGAAGAGGACGCUGCGGCCGCCUUGCAGGCUCGGGCGGCACAGCAGCAAAUGCGGAGGAGCCGCCGGGCGCCGUCCUGCCCUCCGCUUCCCCAGAGAUGGCAGAGCCUCCCGCAGGUCAUCUGAUGAGGCAGAGCACUGUAUCAGAGACAUCAUAGAGUCUCCCAUCCAGGAUUCUCAAACUGCCUUUAACCCAGCAGAUCAAAAUAAGGCAGUGGAUUUGUUUGAAAUGAUUGAAAAAAUGCAGAAAAGCCGCUUGGACGAGCAAAGGUGUUCACUUCCUGCUCCACUCAAGAGAGAAGAGGAGUACAUCCCAUACCCCAGUAUCCAUGAGGUGUUACGGAGAGGGUGGCCCUAUCCCCUGGUUAUCCUACCCCAGUUUGGGGGCUACUGGAUUGAAGGGACCUCUCACAGCCUACCCAUCUCAGACCCAGAAUUGCAGGACUUGCCCUCCCCUUGCAGUGGCAAAGUGAAGCUGGAGUGCGACCCCACAGCCAAACUCUACCGGAAGCAUUUCCUAGGAAAAGAACAUCAGAACUUUUAUGCCUGUGAUGCGGCCCUGGGUUACUUGGUCCUUUCUGUGAAGUAUGAACAGGUUGAAAAGCAAGAUAACCUCCACCUGCUGUUAAGGAGUCGAACCAAUACCAAACAUGAUCUGAUCCCUAUUUCCUGCCUGAAUGAGUUCCCCAAUGCUGUCCAAAUGUCAAAGCUGCUGUGUGAGGAUGUGAAUGUUGACCGCUUCUUCCCUGUGCUGUAUCCCAAGGCUUCCCAACUCAUUGUUGCAUUUGAUGAGCAUGUCAUCAGCAAUAACUUCAAGUUCGGAGUCAUCUACCAGAAAACUGGACAGACUACAGAGGAAGAAGUCUUCAGUAAUACAGAGGAGAGUCUAGGCUUCUUAGAGUUUUUAGAUCUCCUUGGAGACAGGAUUCAGUUGCAGGAUUUCCGAGGGUUCCGAGGUGGCUUAGAUGUUACAAGAGGACAAACAGGAACUGAGUCCAUCUAUACCAUCUUCCGGGGCAAGGAGAUUAUGUUCCAUGUCUCAACAAUGUUGCCCUUUACAGAGGGAGAUGCCCAACAGCUUCAGCGGAAGCGCCACAUUGGGAAUGAUAUUGUUGCCAUUGUCUUCCAAGAUGAAAAUACUCCUUUUGUCCCAGACAUGAUUGCAUCAAAUUUCCUUCAUGCCUAUGUGGUCGUGCAGCUCCAUCACAAUGCCCUUGGAGAAACAAUGUACAAGGUUUCUGUCACUGCCCGUGAUGACGUUCCCUUCUUUGGGCCUCCUCUUCCAAAUCCAGCAGUUUUCAAAAAGGGCACCGAAUUCCGCGAAUUUCUUCUGGCUAAGCUCAUAAAUGCAGAGUACAGCUGUUAUCAUGCUGAGAAAUUUGCGAAGUUGGAGGAACGAACCCGCAGUGCCCUCCUGGAGAGCCUUUACGAGGAACUGCAGAUCCGCAGCCGCAGUAUGAUGGGCUUGGCCUCUGGUGAUGAUGACAAAAUAGAGAAUGGAGGUGGUGGCUUCUUUGAAAAUUUCAAGCGGGUGAUCCGGGGCCGUAGCCAGAGCCUGGAUACCAUGGGCAUAGCCAUGAGGAAGCAGCAGCAGCAAUCCAUUCCUCCCAGUCGUCCAGCUACUGCUGGUCUGGCCCUCAACCAGAGUGUCGCCGAGGGCACCAAGGCUAUUGCUGCGUCCUUUGCCCUACCUGGGAGAAGCCCUUCACGCAACAGAGGCAGCCGCUUCAAUGGGCGUCGUAGUAGUGCUAUUGGCAUUGAGAACAUCCAAGAAGAGAAGAGCAAAGACAUUGAAAGGAUACCAAAGGUACCAGAGAGUCCAGGACCCUUCAUCGAUUUGAAAUCUGAUGGUUCCUCCAGUCCCAGCUCCCCAGAGUUCCCCAACAGAAAGAGCAACAGAGUCCUCUCCAGUCAGACAUCAGGGUACUGUGUGAUGCAGCCUCUGUCCCGUUCCUCAUCCAAUGGAAGCAGCUGUUGUAGCGGAGUAAGAGAGAAUGAGAUGUCCGAGGAGGAGGAGAAUGAGGCGGCAUUGAUGUGCUCCCUUGAAGGUCCCCAGAAGCAGGACUCACUGGUUCAGAGUGCAUGGUUAGAUGAUAGUGUCUGUACACCCAGCAGUACCAGCUCACCAGUAACUCAGCUGCUCCCUUCUAGCAGUGCUUCAGGCUCCAUGGAGAAGGGGAAGGGCGGUAAAGUGGACGCUCAGCGUUACAGUCCAGCUUCCAUUUUGUGCUGUGUGUGAUCUCAUCGCUGGAGGGGGUCUCAGUGCAUGCUGGGUAAUUCACAGGAUUUGCUGAAAUGAGACCUCACAGUAAUUCACCAUGAAGUUUGGAGAUUCUGGAUUCCCAGAAAUGUCUAAUCUGAUUUGGACCUUCUGCUUCAUUCAAUGAAAGCUUCACCACAGACAGUAAGGAAGCCAACCACAGUCCCAAUGUGGCAUUUGCUCAUCCAUAUAUGUCAUUCCAGUCCGACAAUCUCAGGAGGGCAAAACUAACUUUAAUCUAAAAGGGAAGUCUACCAUCUACCAUAACUCCAGUAGCAAACAAGAGGGAAGUGCAUUUUCUGUUUGCUCUUAUUAUUGCUAAAAGUUAAAUAUUCAAGAUCCAAUUGGAAGGACCUGGUGUGUCCCACAGGGCCUUUUCAAGAAGGCAGCAUUCUGUACCCCUUCAUUGUGCUAGCCUCAAAAGUUUAGGAGUGAACAUUAGUUCUAAUCACUUGGAAGGGUUACAUCUGGUUUGUAAACACAAGAGAGUUGUGUGUUAUGCAACACAGGCAGGACACGUUUGUACCAAAGUACACAAGUGGGAUAGUGGGAGGGACUUGUAUGUAUUUCAUCACUCAGGGGACUUCCAAGGUCUUUGUUUAGCAUUUCACAGCUCCACCAUCACCACUCCCCCCCAAGUCUUUGUGCCAUCAAGAACCUGUAAAUGUGAAUUUGUGACCCCCUUGCUCCAUGCUUGUUGCGUCUGUGGUGUCUUGGGCUUGCAAUAAAAGUUUACUAUGACAAA